AUGAGUGAUACAAAAGAAGAUAAAAAUGAUAUUAUAUUAAAUAAAAAUGAAGAGGAAGAUAAUAUAAACAAUAAUAAUAUUAUAUUAUACAAAUCUUUUGAUGAUUUCAAAAUUAAUUACUCUUAUAAAACCAGAAACGAUCUUCAUGAAAAUGAUAAAAUAAAGGAAGAAGAUGAUCAUGAAAUAAAAAGAAAAUUAAUAAAAUUGAUCAACACUAAUUUUUACAUAGAUAAAUGUAUACAUUUCAAAAAGUUCAGUAAAGAUGAAUUGUAUAAAACAUUUAUAUAUUCCAAUUUUUUAACUAAAGCAUUAAUUUUGUAUCCUUCUUUAAUGCCUUAUGUGGAAUGUAUUAUAGAAAAAAUAAAAAAAAUAAAAAACGAAAACAUUACAUUUUUUCCAGCUAUUGAACAGUUUAAUUUUUCUAUAGAACAUUCAGUAAGUAGUUAUCAAACGGGAAAGCAAACAUUUAAUAAUCAUCCGAACUUUUAUACUAAUUAUUAUCAGAGUUUUAUAAAAAAUGAUAAUAUUCCCUAUAUAAAUCAAACAAACAUUUUUGAUAAUAACAUAAAAAAUAAGUACAUGCUUGAUGAUAAAUUUGGUAGUACAUCAUUAUAUAAUAAUAAUGAAAAUAAUAAUGAAAAUAAUAAUGAUAAAUAUUUAAAUACAUAUUAUGCAUCUCCCAGGGGAAAUCAAAUAUAUAAUUUAUUUCAAGAUAUAAAUAACAACCAUCAUAAUAACAAUAUUAAUAGUUAUAGUAAUAAUAAAUACUUUAAUUAUAAUAUGCUCAAUAAAAAUAAUUUAGAAGAAACAAGAAGAUAUCCAAAUAAUGAUUAUAGAAAUAUAAUUAUCCCAAAUAAUUUGAACAGCAAUAAUGUACAUAUGAAUAAUAUAUAUCCUGAACUAAAUAAUACAUACAACAACAUGAAUAAUACAUAUCAUUUAAAUAAUGUACAUUCAACCAGUCUACAAAAUAAUUAUAACCCUAACAAUAAUUUUGAUCACUCUAUGAAAAAUAUUAAAAAUGAAACAAAUAAUAAUAAUAAUAAUAAUAAUAACAUAUACUCUCCAGAAUUGAAUACACAUUUACGUGUUUAUAAAAACAUUAAUGAAUAUGAUAUUAUAGAAUUGAAAAUAUGCACUACAUUAAACAAUAAAUAUAUUUGCCGAUAUAUAGGUAUUCAUAGUGGCAUGACUUUGUACAAUAUUCACAGGUGUAUUUGUAUAUGCUUAGGAGUAAAAAAAGAAGAUACCGACAAUUAUUUACAUGUAUUUAUUCUAAAUAAUGGAAAUAUAUACGGGAGUGGGAAAAAAUGUAGUGUUAGUAUUAUAAGAAAAAUACAAAUAAAUACCGAUCGACACAUCACAUUCAAGCAUAUAAUCAAGACACCUUUGUAUCUAUAUAAAUCAAAAGAAGAUAAAAACAAAAACAAUAGUAAUGAUAAUAAUAAUAAUAAUAAUAAUAAUAAUAAUACUAAUAGUAAUAGUAAUAAUAAUAAUAGUAAUAAUAGUAAUAGUAAUAAUAAUACUACUAAUAAUAAUAGUAGUAAUAAUAAUACUACUAAUAAUAAUAGUAGUAAUAAUACUACUACUAAUAAUAAUAAUAGUAGUAAUAAUAAUACUACUAAUAAUAAUAGUAGUAAUAAUACUACUACUAAUAAUAAUAGUAGUAGUAGUAAUAAUAAUAAUAAUAAUCAUUAUUAUUAUAAUAAUUAUAAAAAUGAAAAAGAAUUGAAUAAUUCUUCCUCUCUUGAGCAUUCCAAUAUUAUUAUGAAUAAUGAUAAUAUACAUAAUAAUAUAAAUAACAACCAUAUUAAUAAUAUUACAGAUUUAAAUAAUAUGAACGUAAAUCAAAGUAACAUGAAAGAAAAUAAUAAUAUAAUUGAUUAUAUGAACAAUAAUCAUAAUAAUAACAAUGAUAAUUACAAUAAUAACCAUUUGAAUAAUUCAAUAAACAAAUUAUAUACAAAUAAUGUUUAUUUUACUGAGGAUUCUCAAAAAAGGAACCCUCUACAAACAUAUAAUACUUCAAAAAAUACGAAUAACUUUUUGAAUGUAAAUAAUUUUACAAGUUCAUAUAAUUUCCCUAAUAUAAAUAAUAUGGACACUAAUAUAUAUAACAAUAUAGCAUGUAAUAAUUUUAACAAAAAUAUAAAUAAUAACAUUAAUGAUAUAUCCAUUAAUAAACAUAACAAUAUAUUUAAUAACAUGAAUCAUUUAAAUCAUUUAGAUAACGAUUCAUAUAUUCAAAAUAAUUUAUAUAAAAAUCAUAUGAAUGUAAAUACAAACAUUCUAUAUAAUCCUAUCAUGAAUAAUAUUAACAAUGUUCAAAUAAAUAAUUUAUCCAUACCAAAUAAUAAAAAUGAGGAUAAUAAUGAAAUUAAUCAUGAUGAUAGUAAUGAUGAUGACAGUAAUAGUAGUCAUAUAACAUUAAAUAAAAGCGAUAAAAAUAAAAACUAUUUUUCGUUAAAUCCAAAAUAUCAAAUUUAUCAAAAUCAUAAUAUAAACAAAAAUAUCCAAAACAAUCUAAAUGAACAAAGAAAAGAAAAAAAUGAUCAACAAAAUGAUAAUAUUAAAGAAAUAAAAAAUAAAGAAUUAUUAAAUGAUGCCAUUUCUUCUAUUGAAGACAGUAAUGAUAAUUCAUAUUCUAAGUAUAUUACUUCUUCUGAUAUAUCACAAAAUAAUACAGUUAAUUCUUUUCAACAUAAUAAGCAGGUUGCCGUAAAUUUUAUGUACAACAAUAUAAUGCUUGAUAACAAUAAUAACAUCAAUGAUGAUAAUAAUAAUAAUAAUAAUUAUUUUUGUAUUCCAUGUGGAUACAAUACAAAAGAAUAUAAAUAUAAUAUAUAUAAUACAUACAAUUAUCCAAAUAAUGCUAACCAUAUAUACAAUAAUAUGAACAUUUCAUAUAAUAAUAAUAAUAAUAAUAAUAAUAAUAGUAACAGUGCCUACAACAAUAAUUAUGUUACAUAUAAUAAUUUUCAUUCUUCUUACCAUAAUAAUUACAUUGUACAUAAUAAUUUUCAUAAUCCUUACAAUAUAUAUGAUAACAUUCAAAAUACAGAACAAAACAAAUUAUGUAAUAUAAAUCAAAAUGAUGAAAGACAAAACAAUUCAUUUAAUCAUAUUAAUACAGAUCCUCAUAAAGUUGUAAAUUCAAAUAAUUUUCAGCACAUUAAUACAUUUCAUUAUAACAACAACUUAAAUCAUAACAUAUUAACAGAAUCAAGUAAUUUAAAUAGAAAAAAUGAAAAUGAUUAUAUUCCUUCUAGUUAUUCACAAAUUCAUAAUCAUCAAAUAUGUAAAAAAGUAGAGGAAUAUACCUACAAUUCUAUAAACCAAAACACCAAUAAUUUUAAUAACAAUGUCAUGAUGUUAAUGAAUACAUCAAAUAACAUGCCACUGGAUACUAAUACUUAUAAUUGUAAUAAUAAUAAAAUAAUAUAUAAACAUAUUAUCAAUGAUCAUAUCAAUCAAGAGGAUAAUAAUGUGGAAUAUGAAAAUUUAAAUAAUUCUUGUGAUAAUACACAAAAUAAGGAAACCUUUUGCAAUCAAGAUCUUAUAAAUAGUUCUAAUAUAAAUAAUAAUACAAGUUCCUACACAUUUCAAAAUAAUAAUGAUUUAUAUACAAAAAAAAAAAUUAUGCAAUAUAAUCAUGAUAACAUUUACAAAAUAAAUACUACUUCAGAAAAUAUAGGAAGCCAACACACCAACAAUAAAACAAGCAUAUAUAACCACAAAAACGGGGCAUACGAACAGCAUACAGAGCAGAACAAUGAACAGAACAUUGAACAGAACAUUGAACAAAAUGUUGAACAGAACGUUGAACAAAAUGUUGAACAGAACGUUGAACAAAAUGUUGAACAGAACGUUGAACAGAACGUUAAACAAAAUGUCGAACAAAAUGUCGAACAAAAUGCCGAACAAAAUAGUAAUAACGAAUCAAUAAAAAACAAUACUGUAGAAACAUUUAAAAGAAAUAAAAACCAGAUUACCAACUCAAAUAAUUUCAUAUCAAAACAAGAAAAUGACACAAACAACAUCUUAAACAAUAUCAACAUAAAUAUAAAAGAACAAAUUAAUAGACACAAAAUAAACGAAUUCCAGUGGGAAAAAUCAAACAAAAUAGAUAUCGAAAAAAACAACUGUUUAACAACAAAAUAUGAUAAUGAAAAUGAUAAUGAAAAUGAUAAUGAAAAUGAUAAUGAAAAUGAUAAUGAAAAUGAUAAUACAUAUAGUAAAAAUAAUGACAUAGUUAUAUGUAAUAAUCAUAAUAAUUCAUCACACGUUCAAAAAAAUUACUAUAAUAUGAAUGAAAGUAUGAUAAAUGAAAAUAAUAUAAUAAUUACUGAAAGAGAAAAUUUAAAGAAUACAACUGAAGAAUAUUUUACUAAUGAACUUAUAAAAAAGGACUCCUUAGAAAAAAAUAAAUCAGAUACAAAAUUUCUAAUCAAAUUUAAUAAUGAAAUUAAAAAAGAAGAAAAAAAAAAAGAUAAUAUAAAUAUCUUCAUCAAUAACAAUAUAUAUGAAUUAAAAGAAAUUAAUGGAAAUAAAAAUAGAUCAGAUUAUUUUCAUAAUACAAAAGAUGAUAAAGAGAAUAUAACAAAUGUAUACUCAAAUAAUCAUUUAAGUGUACCUUUAAAUAAAUAUAAUGAUGAAGACAAACAAUUAAUAAAACAAAUGAAUCAUGCUUCUAAUUUGAAUCCUAUAUUUGAUUAUAAUUAUCAUAAUAAUUAUAGUUCUACAAAUUCCCAACCAUUAAUAAAAAAUAAUACGGAAAAUCUACACUCAUUCAAGAACGAGACACAUUCGACAUAUGUAAAAUAUAUAAAAAAUGAGAUAAAUAACAUGAACAAUUCAGUAGAUGUUCCAACAAAAAAAAAUGAUUACAUGUACACAAAUUAUUUAAAUAUGGAACAUAUAAAAAUGAAUAAUAUGGAAAAAGAAAUAAUAAAAAAAGAGAAAAAUAAUGAAAUACAAGGUCAAAGAAUUCACGUGGAACAUGAUAGAGACCUUCAUUAUAAUACAACUCAAGAAAAAAACAUUAUAAAUAAUCAAAACCCUCAAACAAAUCAUGAUGGAGAUAUAAAUAUAAAUAUUAACUCUAAUAAAUUUACGACCCUUACCACUUUAAAGGAAAAAUAUCAAAAUAAUAUCAACACAAAUGAACAACAUAAUAAAAAUGAAGAAAACAAAAAUAAAAAUGUAAUAAACAAUACAUCCCAAAUGAUUAAUGAUAAUAAUGUUAUACAAAAUGAUAUAAAUAAUAUGAACAAUAAGGAAAAUCAAAAUGUAUAUAUAAAUGUACAUACACAAUAUAAAUCGGAUAAUAUAUCAUCAUUUGAAAAAAAUUUCAUAACAUUAAAAAAUAAUAAUAAUCAUAAUAAUAAUCAUAAUAAUAAUAAUAAUUAUUAUUAUAUUAAUAAUGAUAAUAUUCACUUAAAUGAUUCUCAUAUCGAUAUUAUGAAAACAAAUAACAUCAAUAAAAAUAUGACAACAAAUUCUACACCAUAUUUUAACCAUAAUAUUAUAUCAAAUGAUUGCUCACCUAAUAAUAUUAAUCAGAACAUUUUUGUAGAUCCAAAUAAAUAUAUAUAUAACAGCAAACAUACAAAUUAUAAUGCAUAUCAUGAUGAAAGUUUACAAGUUGUAGGUAAUCACAAUUCAUCAUCUCUUUUACGAAAUACCAACGAAUCAUUUUCUAAUCAAUAUGAUAAUAAAAAAAAUUUAGAAGCACACCAUAUUGAUGAUGAUAAAAAUAAAGAAGCAUUUCAUAAUGAUGAUGAUAAAAAUAAAGAAGCAUUUCAUAAUGAUGAUGAUAAAAAUAAAGAAGCAUUUCAUAACGAUGAUGAUGAAAAUAAAGAAGCAUUUCAUAAUGAUGAUGAUAAAAAUAAAGAAGCAUUUCAUAAUGAUGAUGAUAAAAAUGUAGUAACAUUUCAUAAUGAUAAUUAUAAUAAUAAUUAUUAUUUUGAUGGAAAUAAUAAUAUGCAAGAUGAAUCCUUUUAUUCAAAUAACUCUCAUGCAGAAUACAAUCAAAGUAACAUAGAAUAUAUAUCAAAUGAUGAUAUGAAUUAUUCUCAUAUACAACAAUAUACAAAUGGUUUUUGUUAUACAAAUAAUAAUCAAUAUAUAAAUAACCCAGAGUUAACUAAUAAUAGUACAUAUAUAUAUAAUAACUCAUAUAUGAAUAAUAAUACAUAUUCAUUUAAUAAAGAAUAUUCUAAUAAUAAUAUGUGUCAUCAUAAAAAUGAUAACAUUCAUAUGAUUAAUGAUAUAGCAACAAAGCUUAACCACCAUCCCAUGAACAUGUACAAUAGUUGUAAUAAUAAUAUUAUUUAUAAUAAUAAUAACAACAACCAAAUGUAUGACAACAAUAUUAAUAACAUGUACAACGAUUACUAUAAUUAUAAUAAUAAUAAUAAUAAUAACAUGUACAACAAUUACUAUAACUAUAAUAAUAAUAACAUGUACAACAAUUAUUAUAACUAUAGUAAUAAAAAUUUUUAUAUGAAUCAAAAGUAUACAGAAGGUGCAACAAGUUUUAUGAACAUAGAUGAUAUGAAAGAUGCAGGAAAUGAAAACAAUAUGCAUAUUUUAAAUAACAAUUCUAUAAAUCAAACAUAUUACCACUCAAAAAUGAAAAAUAAUAAUAAUAAUAAUGAUGAUGAUGAUGAUAAUAAUAAUAAUAAUAAUAAUAAUAAUAAUAAUAAUAAUAAUAUAAUGAUGAAUAACAAUUAUCAACCCUUCCUAUAUGAAAAUCAAUAUAAUAAACAUAUGCAUAUGAUGAACCAACAAAUACAAAAAGACACAAAUACUAGUUUUAAACAUAUAACAUGUAAUCAAAAAUUUAUUGAAAAUAAUAAGAUAAACACAUCAAAUGAUCAAAAUGUUACUAAUAUGCCUAUUUUAUAUAGUAUGAAUAAAGAACAAUAUAUCAACAUAUCUAACCAUAACAAUGGGUGUAAUUAUGAUAACAUCAAUUCUAUUAAUGUUUAUGAAAAUAACAAUGAAUAUAUCGCGCCAAAAAACAUUUUAUAUAAAAGUGAAGAAAAAGAAAAUCUUUAUAAUUCUUCAUCUAUAUAUAAUCAAAAUUACGAACAAAAAUAUAUUAAUUACAUGAAUAAUGCUAGCUAUAUAAUGAAUAAUAACAUGAACAAUUAUACAAAUAAUUAUAAUGUACAAAAUUUCAGAACGUUUAAAAAUAAUGUCUUCCAACAACCUUUAUCUUAUUCAAACGGUUCUGAAGCUAUGCUAAAUGCGAGUGAAUUUAAUCAAGGAAUAAAUAAAGAAAAUUUUCAAGGUGAAUAUGUUUCUAACUUGGUAAAUUCAAAUAAAGAUAAUGUUACUAAUGUAGACGGAGUGUUGGGUAUAAAGAAGGAUAAAGAAAACGAUAAUAACGAGGAAGAAAAUGAUGAGGAAGAAAAUGAUGAAGAAGAAAAUGAUGAGGAGGAAAAUGAUGAGGAAGAAAAUAAUGAGGAAGAAAAUAAGGAGGAAGAAAAUAAGGAGGUACAAAAUAAUGAGGUACAAAAUAAUGAGGUACAAAAUAAUAAGGUACAAAAUAAUAAGGUACAAAAUAAUAAGGUACAAAAUAAUGAAGUACAAAAUAAUGAGGAAGAAAAUAAUAAUGUAGAUAAUAAUAAUAACAUUUUUUAUAAUAUGGAAGGUUCACAAAAAAUAUGUCAUGAUGAUAUUACUUUAAAUGAAUGUCUAAACUCAAUCGAUAUAAACGAAGGAGAAAAAAAAACAUUUGAAGAAAAUAAAUCAAGUUUUUCUAUGUUAUAUUUAUUCGGGAAAGUAAAAUUUUAUAUUAGUAUUAUUGAUAUUAUACAUAAUAAAACCAAUUCUCAUGAUUUAUUAUGGGUACCUAGAUGUUGUAAUGGAAGUUAUGGUACCUUUUUAAAAUAUAAUUAUUCAAAUAUGAAUGAAAUAAAUAAAUAUACACAUGAUGAAGGAAUCGAUAUAGAUUCUAUUAAUUUGAAAUUAAUGGAAACUAGAUUCAGUAAAAAUGUAGCUAGCUCCAGAACAACAAAAAGAAAAAGAAUGAUAGACAUUGAUAAAACAGUUUUACAUUAUUAUAAAGAACAUAUAAGUGAAUUCUUUAAUGAUAAAAAUAAAAUUAUAAAAUUAACAAAAAAACUUUGUAAAUAUAAAAAAAAAAGAAAAUUUAAUGAUACACAAAAAAAAGGAACAUACAAAGAUGAAAAGGAUUAUGAUAAUUAUGAUGUCCUCCCGAAUGGUGAUGAACAAAACCAUGAAAAUAAAAAACAAGAAGAUAAUAAUAAUAAUAAUAACAAUAAUAAUGAUAACAAUAAUAAGAAUAACCAUAAUAAUGAUAACCAUAAAAACAAUAGUAAUAAUAAGGCUAAAGGUAAGAAUAUGGGGAAGGGAAAAAAACAAACUCCUAAUCGAAUGAAUAAUACAAAAAAUGUUCAAAAUGGAAAAAAUACAAAAAAUACAAAAAAUAUAAAUAAUAUAAAUAAUAUAAAAAAUAUAAGUAAUAUGAGUAAUGUAGAAAGUAUAAAUAGUAUGACUAGCAUAAAAAGUGUGGAUGGUGAAAAUAGGAUGAACAACACAAUUAGUAUCAAUGGUAUUAAUAAAACAGAAAGUAUAAAUAAUAUAGACAUUACACAAAAUAUGAAUAAUAUAAACAGUAUAAAUAAUAUAAACGGUAUAAAUAAUAUAAACGGUAUAAAUAAUAUAAACGGUAUAAAUAAUACAAACGGUAUAAAUAAUACAAACGGUAUAAAUAAUACAAACGGUAUAAAUAAUAUAAACCAUAUAAACCAUAUAAAUAACAUAAACAAUAUGAACAAUAUGAACAAUAUGAACAAUAUGAACAAUAUGAACAAUAUCAAUAAUAUGAACCACAUGAACAAUAUGAAUAAUAAGAACAGAAUAAAUAGUUUAAGCAAUAAAAAUAAUAUUAACCCUAUAAAUCAGUACAAUGAUGAAAAACAAAAUGUACUUAACAGCCAUCUUCAAUUCAACCAAGUGAAUUAUCAUAAUAACCUUGUGAAUGGUCUUCAUAAAAACAAUUUCUUAAACAAUAAUAAUUAUACUAAUACUACAGAUAUUAAUGGAAAUAAUAUGAUUAGUCAUAAUGAUCAUAUGAAUAAUAAAUUAUACAGUAAUAUAAACAAUAAUUAUUAUUAUAAUAGGGCUAACAAUGAAAUUUCUAAUAAUACUAGUAACAAUCAUAAUAAUAAUUGCAAUACAUAUGAAUCCAAAUACCAAACCAUGAUUCAUAACAACAACAUAGGACACGAUCUAAAACAACAAAUAAAUAAUUAUAAUGAAAAUACAUCUUCUAAUAAUAAUUUAAGUAUAUCUCAAUUACUUGAGGGAAAUACAAAUUUUAUAAAUAUUUCUAAUACAUUUAUUAAUACGAAUUAUUCUAAUGAUUUUCAUCAAACAAAUGACUUAUUAGUAAAUCACAAUAAUAUAGACUUGAAAUAUUUGUCUGACAAUAUUAAUACAAAUACAUAUAAUGAACAAUAA